AUGUCAUCAACCUCUAAGAAGUUGAUCCAAGCAACAUCCCGCAAGGGCUGCAUGAGAGGUAAAGGUGGUCCUGAGAAUGCUAGUUGUACGUACAAAGGUGUACGACAACGAACGUGGGGUAAAUGGGUAGCAGAAAUUCGGGAGCCCAAUCGCGGAGCUCGCCUUUGGCUCGGAACCUUUGAUAAUUCAUAUGAUGCUGCUGUUGCUUAUGAUGCUGCGGCCCUUAAGCUCUAUGGAGCCGAAGCAAAACUCAAUUUGCCCCAUCUGUACAACAAUCCGGCCCAAGCCCAUGGCCAGAACUCUAGGCCCAUUACCAUCAUGAGCCCAGCUCCCGUUUCAGCUCCAGCUCCAGCUCCAGCUCCGGUUUACAAUGUGGCUUCCCCAUCAACUUGGAGUGUAGGAAAUGAUCCUUCACUUUAUUUCAACAAUGAUUUUGGUAUCAACAAUUUUUCUACUAAUGAUCCAACUGCAUUUAAUUUGAUAGACAUUAAUCAAACAGCUGAUCAUUCAGAGUUUGUUGAAACAAAUAAUACUAACAAUAAUCAGAUCAGCCAAGGACUUGGUGGAGAAAUGUGGAGGGAUUUAAACAUGAAUCUUCCAGAAAUUGAUGAUUCAUCAAUUUGGGAAGAAGCUAAAGCAACAACUUCAUUUCAAGAAGCAGUGAAUGAUCCAGGAAUAUAUGGAUGCAACUUGGAUGAUGGCAUUAAUUUUCCUCCAUGGUGUGGUUAA